AUGAGAAAUCAGCUUUUCUGCCACGUAGUUGUGCUUCUCAACGCGUUUUCUCAUCUUCAUUCUACCUCAGCAUCUCCGAACUCCCAAGAUGUUGUAUAUCUCGGAGAUAUUAUGGGUGAUUUUCUUUGCGAUAACAAUCUCUUCACCAGCGAGAAGGUUAGGCGCAGUUACAAUGCAGGUUGUAGUGCACUGCAAAACGAUUAUUUUGAAAAGGAGUUCCGGCCAAACUGGAAGAUCACCAUCUCGACGGUAGAACACAGAAACCUUUAUUCACAUGGCCAUUGA